UACUGCUUAUCCAACUUUCCUUAGAUGCGGUAGUUUUGUGUACUUGUACCGUAGCGACCAAGACCAAAAACGAAACAGAAUUCUAAAAUUAAACGAGUCUUACCUAGUCGAAGUUUGAUUGGCAUAAAUUAGGAUAAAUUUAGGUCUGCGCAAUAACUGUCACGGCGCCAAAUAAAAUAAGCGAGAUUAGAUUUGGCAGUAGCACUUUAUUCUUUAUACUUUCAAAUAUACUCUUUUAUUUCAAGAACGCCCUGUCGUGUGAAAGUUUGGAGUACAUUUUUUAAAUUAAAAAACGAUGGUAAAAAGUGAAAACAGCUAUAGCUAUUAAUAUGGGAACCGACGUCUGGCAGGUCAGUCCAGACCCAAUGUCGCGGCAAUGCGGGUUGCAAAUCCUCGCACAAUACUUGCCCUGUUUUUACAAGGCUUUACUAUACUGUUUUUAUUGAGUCCUCGCGGAAAUAGUCCAAACAGGAAGUUUCGAGAAUCGACACAAUGUCCCCAAAACAACGGGCAGUAUUUUGUCCUAAACAUUUGCAUAUUUCUCUCAUAUAUAGAUGUCAACGCAACCCACCUCGAACAUGAAGCGCGUUUGAUAAACGACUUACUGCAAUACUAUGACCCGGACGCCAGACCUGUAAAAAAUACAUCACAUCCUAUUGUCAUAACAAUAAAUCUUCUGUACAAGCAACUUAAAGACGUGGAUGAACCGACACAAGUUGUAAGGUCAUUAGUUUGGAUUACAAUGUAUUGGAAGGAUGAUUUAUUGAAGUGGAAUGCAAGCGAGUAUGGCGGUUCUUCGAGGAUCCGUCUUCAACCAUCAAGAAUAUGGAAACCUGAUCUUUCGCUUUACAACACUGCUAAAGAAGACGGGGGUACUCUCGAGAGUGCUAAAUUCAAGGUUGUCGUCGCCUCCAAUGGACAAGUGGAGUGGUUUACGUAUCAUAUCCUCCACUCUGUCUGCCGUAUUGACGUAUCAAAGUUUCCAUUUGACACUCAAAAAUGUAAAAUGAAGAUUGGCUCGUGGACGCAGGAUAAACUGGACCUUGAUCUGAGGUUGCACAAACCAAGCAAUGGGAUUGAUGUGGACAGUUUUGAAAAGAACACUGAAUGGGAACUCACGUCUGCGAGUGCGCAGAGAAAUGAGAUUGAGUACAAGUGUUGCCCAGCGCCGUACGUUGAUAUAACUUACUCGUUUGAAUUUCGACGAAAACCAUUAUACUACAUUAUGACUAUCGUAUUUCCUUCAAUGCUUCUGGCGCUUUUGGCUUCCGUAUCGUUUCUUUUCCCAGCUGAUUCAGGAGAAAGAGUCUCACUCACUAUUUCCGUACUGCUUGGUCUUGUCGUGUUUAUGCUCAUCGUAAACGACCGUACGCCGGUGACCUCCGACACCGUCCCGAUGAUUACUCAAUUCUUCAACGCCAUUGGUGCCAGUACGGUCCUCGCCCUGAUGGCGACUGCCUUUAUACUUCGCCUCAACCACGUUUCCCCAGGGGUUUGUAUUCCACGGUAUCUCGUACGAAUCCGAAACAGCAUUGCUGUCGUGCUCUGUAUAAAACCGGCUUGCAAAUUAAAACCAGUUGGGGUGAACGCUGAUGAAAUCCGACAGAACAACUCGUUCGUGCGAAUUCAAAUCAAUAACGAUAACCUCGCAGAGCAGCCCUUAUCAUACUGGGAACCUUGGGCGAGCAUGCGCAAACCUCUGGAGAAUAUCCAAAACGAGGUGAAAAAAUUGUCGCGUCAUCUUGAGGAGGAAAAAAUCGCGAGCGAGAUGAAAGAGGACUGGCACUAUACCAUGAGAGUUUUCGACCGAUUUUUCUUCGUUGUUUUCUUCCUAGUUUUCCUUGCAUAUGUCUUUGAUGCUUUAUUUGUCUACCUAACUUCCUAGAUUCCCUGACAUUGGGAGUAGCUUUAGAAAGUAACACGAGAAACCGCGGGGUGGUAGAACACAUAUCCCAGGUACUUGCUUUUGAAAUAUUCCAAAGCUCUGUAUAGAAACAAGACUGGGCUAUGCUGUUGUCUGAUCAUACACAACAUGCAAAGAUUAAGAGAGAAAACUAUUAUCACAUACUAUAAGCUAAGUAUUGCAGUUAAAAU